UAUAAGCAUAUCUGCAUAGUGUUCUUAGUAUUCUUGCUAAAAUACUUCUGUCGUGUUAACGUAGAUAUCAAUAAAGAUGGAUCAUUUAAAAAAUAAAGUAGUGGUUAUCACGGGUGCUGCGCAUGGAAUAGGUGCUCAAAUUGCCGAAGAUCUAGUAAAGGUUGGAAUGAUUGUUAUUGGAUUCGAAGCCACAGACGAGAAAGUCAAAGAUAUGUUGCUUAAAAUGAAUAGUUGGGGCAGUUUUGAAGGACAAUUAAUACCAUGUAAAUGUGACGUGUCUAAAGAAGAAGAUCUUAAGAAUGCUUUUGAAGGUGUAGUAGCAGCACAUGGUGGCACUGAUGUUUUGAUAAAUAAUGCUGCUAUAGGAAAGGAAGGAUUAAUAUCAACGGGAGUCAUUCAAGAUCUAAUUGAUGUUGUGGACACAAAUAUUUAUGGAUUGAUAGCUUGUACAAGAUAUGCGAUUAAUUCAAUGGUGAAAAAAGAUGUUUUAGGCCACAUUAUUAAUAUUAACAGUAUCUGUGGUCAUUACAUGCCUCCUUUUGCCGAACCGAAGAUAAAUAUGUACAUCGCAUCUAAGCGUACAAUGACAGUUUUAAAUACGUUAUUAAAGAAUGAAUUUCAAUUGCUUAAUCGAAAGAUCAAAGUAUCGAGCAUUUCACCGGGGAUUGUACGCACGGGUAUAUUUAAAACUGCCGGUAUUAAUUUCAUUAAUGAAGAAUUCUUUCAAAAGUAUCCACAUUUGACAGUAAAAGAUGUGUCUACCGUUGUUCUGUUGGUUUUAUCAGCUCCUCGUGGUAUACAAGUGAAUGAGAUCAUUUUUCACGCGUUACAUGAAAUCUAUUAAGUUUUUGAUAAUAUUUAUUAAUGAAAAUAAAAAGAGAAUUAUUUAUGGCU